AUGAAUUUGCAUGCGUGAAGCCUCCACAGAAGAAAAGAUGCCAUUUGCUUCUUGUCACCCCCCUAAGCAUGACUGUGAGCAGUAAGUUGGUUUCUUCCCUAAGUGACUUCAAAGGAAUUAAAUUUGUUCAGAAAUUUCUUUUUAAAGAAUGAGCUUCCUGCUGUUUCCCUUGCAGUUACUUUGACAUUUGCAAGAGAAGUCUUGACCUUCUUUUACUGCUUGUGCAGAACGCAAGUGGCAUGGUUGUAGAGGGCUACCUGAUGUUUCUCAGUUGUGGUUCUUGGCUCAUACCUGUUGAAAUACACUCGAUCCUUUGGUAUGUCAUUCUGGUGCCAUGACUUUGUUGCUUUUGCUAUGACUUGCACUCAGGCACUUUGCGUGUUGUAGAUCAUUUUUGGAUAAGUUUGGGGGGUUGAGACUUUUUUCUGUUUUGUUAAAGAACUUUUAGAGUAGCGUCAUUUUUUAAAACAUCUUUGUCUGAAAUAGAAACAACUAAUCUUUAGCCCAGCUGAGAACUAAGCUGGGCAUGACAGUGACUGUUGGCCAUGGCAAAGCUGAUGCGUAUGUGAUAAAGGCAAUUCAGAACUGGCUGAUUACAGGUAUAGCAGGUACUGCAGCAGCACUGCCAGACAUCUGAUUUGUGGGCGUUUGGGAGAGUUAACAUCCUCAGUUUCCAGCUUGUUUCCUUUCCUGUGUUCCUGUUCUGCUGAAAAAGUUGUUUCCCCUCAUCUCCCGUGCCAGCUAGGGGAGGGAGCUGAUGAUGUUAAGAUCUGUUCUCCCACCUUUUGCCUGUGUGUUUCUAUUUCUAGAUUUGGCUUUGGUGAUUCAGCUGGGAUUAUGGAAAAGUGAAAGAUCAUCAUGGCUUCUUCUAGCCCCAUUGCUCACACCUCCUGUUCCUGUGAUCACAGCCCCACCUUGUUCGCUCUGUCCAGAAGGAGCACACAGGUUCCAGUGGAUCAGGAAUCUGGUUCCAGAGUUUGGGAUCUCCAGCUCACAUGUCAAGGUGCUUUCAUCCCCAGCUGAAUUCUAUGAACUCUUGAAGGUGCAGAUAAAAACAGCCAAGCAGCGAGUGGUGAUGGCUUCACUAUACCUGGGAACUGGGCUCCUUGAACAGGAGCUGGUUGAUUGCUUAGAAGAAACACUGGAGAAAUCACUGCAAGCAAAAGGAUCGUCUAACCUCAAAGUUUCCAUUCUUCUUGACUACACCAGGGGAUCUCGGGGCAGGAAGAAUUCUCGAACGAUGCUAAUUCCAUUGCUGCAGCGAUUUCCUGAGCAAGUCCGUGUGUCCCUCUUCCACACCCCAAACCUGCGUGGACUUCUCAGGCUCCUGAUUCCAGAGCGUUUUAAUGAGACCAUUGGACUGCAGCACAUCAAGGUCUAUCUCUUUGAUGACAAUGUGAUCCUGAGCGGCGCAAACCUGAGUGAUUUGUACUUCACCAAUCGUCAGGACCGCUAUGUUCUCCUGCAGGAUUCUCCUGAGAUUGCAGACUUCUUCACGGAGCUAGUGGAUGCGAUUGGAGAUGUGUCUCUGCAAUUACAGCGAGAUGAUACAGUCCAGAUGAUGGAGGGGAUGGUGCACCCGUACCAAGGAGACAAGGUGGCUUACUGUGAGAUAGCAAAUCGAAGAGUCAUGGAGGUGAUCAACUCUGCCAGGACACGACAAGAACUUCUUCAUGCAAAGACUUUCCACAGCAGCCAGCAAGGCAGCUCCUUGUUAUCCCAGCAAGGCUCUCGAGCGUCUGGGGGUCUGAAAACAGAACCUGACACCUGGAUUUAUCCCUUAAUCCAAAUGAAACCUUUUGGGAUUCAAAUAGAUGAGAUGGUGACAGAGACGCUGCUGACAGAGGCUGAAAGGGAUGCCAGGAUAUACCUUAGCACUGGCUACUUCAACCUGACACAAGCUUACAUGGACCUCAUUCUGGGCACUAGGGCUGAGUAUCGGAUUCUUCUGGCCUCACCAGAGGUGAAUGGUUUUUUUGGUGCCAAAGGGGUGGCAGGUGCUAUCCCUGCUGCCUAUGUUUACAUUGAACACCAAUUUUACAGUGAGGUCUGCUACCUUCACCAACAGGAGAGGGUCCAACUGCAGGAGUACUCUAGGGCUGGGUGGACUUUCCAUGCCAAAGGUCUUUGGCUGUACCUGGCAGGAAGCGAUCUUCCCUGCCUAACUCUGAUUGGCUCUCCUAAUUUUGGAUAUCGAUCGGUUCAUCGUGACUUGGAAGCUCAGGUUGCGAUAGUGACAGAAAAUAAAGCUUUGCAGCAGCAACUCCAUCAGGAGCAGGAGCAGCUUUACCUCUGCUCAGGUGUAGUCUCAUCAUCAACAUUUGAGCAGCCAAAUCGUUACGUGAAACUGUGGGUGAAGCUGGUAACACCUCUGAUCAAGAAUUUCUUUUGAAAGAAGAGAAGUUGCUGCUUUGGGUUAAAGGUCCAGACAUAGGUGGGACCUCGCAUCCGUGUCUUAUAGACAGGACAUUCAUAGACAUUCUUGGUGUCCGUGCGGUCCACAGGGAUGGCUCUGAUGAAGAUGACUGGCAUCAUGGGUGUCAACUCCUUCAGUCGAGCGUCUGCGAUCACACCAGAAGGGAUGUCCCAUCGAGCACCUGCAAUAUUA